AUGGCAUCGAUCGUAGCCUUCGCUACGCCGCCGACGGCGAGCCCAAGCAUCUUCCCUACCGCAGGAAUCGGCGGCGAGUAUUACACUAGUCCCAUCUUCGAGGUUCCUGUCUACACCAGCUACGCUCGAAAUGCCAUCACCUGGCAGAUGCUCGAUGCCUGGAACCUCGUCGGACUUCAGUAUGCGGUUGCUGAAGGCAUCGCCUGCGGUCUCAUCUGGGCUACUUUCAUCUACCUGCUCGCGUUGACUCCAGCACGCAAGCGAUUCACGCGUUUCCACAUCGUCCUCUUCACCGGUCUCUGCUUCGAAACAAGCCAUCUCACCAUGGACGCCAUCUCACUCGUCACACCCGGACUCUCUGCCAACUCGGCAUACGUUGUCCUUACACGAGACAUCGCCUCCAGCGUCUGGACGACCUCCUACAAGGCGUUCUACAUCUCGACUCAAGUGUUGAACUGGGCUGCGUUCAUCUGUGCCACAGUCUGUCUCUGGAUCCAAGCUCAGAGUCUCCUGGCCACGAUCAAGACGCGCUUCUCAAUCGUCUACAUCAUCAUCCUCGUCUACCUCGUCUUUGCCGCGCUCGCCACACUGGUCGCUUCGAUGGUCUAUUGGAUCCACCAGAUCAAAGUCAUACCGGACAACAUUGAUUGGGACACGGCAGUGUACACCAAGAGAUUGAGAUACAUCUACCUGUUGAUCUACGCCAUCAGCAUCGGCAGCUUUUCUCUGGUCAACCUUUUAUCGGUUCUUGAAAUCAUCUGCCGCCGGCCCCUUUCCGUCAUCAAGUCGAAGAGCGUCUACCAUUCGGCAUUGAACCUCUUGGGUCUCUUGGGAAUUCAAUCUUGCCUUGUGCCACUCAUCUUCUGCGUCAUGCAAAUCGUCUACACCGGCAACGAAUGGGUCCUGCCCGCUCUCCUGUUACCUUCGGUCUACCUCAUCCUCCCCCUCGGCACGCUCUUCGUGACCAUCAACACCGACCCUGGCGCCAACGACGCCAGAAGGGAGGACGUCGAAACCCUCGCUUCGCCACGGAAGGUGGCCGUGACGAGUCCUCUCAAGAAGAGGCCGGUGCACAGUCGCCCCUCGCCCUCCCCAACGGCGCUCGACGACAGCACUGUCGUCGAGGCACCGUCCGCCGUCACCGACUGGGCCGCAGAGGAGGAGGGCGAGGGGGCCGACAAGAAGGGAAAGACCCUCGAGGUCUAA